AGUCUGGUGACAUCACCACAAGCAAAAGAUUCAAACAUAAGGAGAGUAUUUUACAAUAUCUGAUUUUUAAAAUACAGAUUCAAAAAUAUAAUGAUUGGGAAACACCCUAGGACUUCUUCUUUUUACAUCACCAAAACUAAAGGGGAGAAUGAAUUCUAAAUGGAAGAUGCUGUUAUUAACUUCAUUUGCUUUAUUGCUGAUGUUGAUUAAGUAUCAUUCCCGAAUAAAGAACCAUCUACAGGAGACAAAUCUCUGCUGGGAUCAUGAAGCAGAAGAACCUCAGCUCUCAGACUGGUUUAAUCCUAAAAAACGUCCUGAUGUAAAAACAACUGACUGGUUUGCACCGAUCAUAUGGGAAGGAACUUACAAUAGACAAGUCCUAGAGAACUACUACAAGAGGCUGAACAUCACCAUAGGCUUGGCUGUGUUUGCUAUGGGAAAGUUUGUAGAUCAGUACCUGCAACAGUUCAUCCACUCUGCUAAUAAACACUUCAUGAAAGGCUACAGUGUUAUCUUUUACAUCUUGAUGGAUGACUUCUCCAAACUACCUCCCAUAAAGUUAGGCCCCCUGCGAACACUUAAACUAUGUAUUAUAUUCAAACAACAUACGUGGAAGGACUUAAAUUACAUAUACAUGAGGAACUUCAAUGUAUACAUCCUAGAACACAUCCAGUAUGAAGUUGACUUUCUCUUCAGUAUGUCUGUAAACCAGAUCUUCAAGAAUGACUUUGGGGUGGAAAACCUGGGCAAGUCUGUAGCCCAACUCCACGCAUGGUGGUAUUUUGGACAUGCCAAAAAUUUCCCUUAUGAGAGAAGAUCUAAAUCAGCAGCUUUCAUCCCUCCUGGAGAGGGAGAUUUCUAUUACCAUAGUGCAAUUUUUGGUGGCACACCCGGUGAGGUUUUAGCCUUCACUGAAGAAUAUAUAAAAGGAAUUCAAAACGACACCAGAAGAGGACUUCAGAGCACAUAUGAAUGUUACCUAAACAAAUAUUUGUUUAUCAAUAAACCCACUAAGUUGUUAUCACCAGAAUACAAUUGGGAUCUAAAUUUUAGAACUCCCCCACAAAUUAAACGUGUGAAGAUAGCAUGGCAGUCAACAAGUAUUUGAUGCUUAUAUUAUUAGAUUUAUGGAUUAAUAAGUGAAUCAUCACAAUAAUUCCUCAAAUAUAAAACUUAUUAAAUGUUUCUGUGUUCUAGAAACUUACAAAAAUGUGCAAUCUUCCAAAUAAAUUGUUUUUCUCCUUGCAAUUUUAAACCAUCUAAAUCUACCUAAAGUGGAUUAAGAAUAAAUGAAUAUUGAUUUAAUGUUAA